UGUCCAUCCCUUCAGGGAAACCCUGGAAGACAGUGAGGUAUAGAGCAGCUUAUUUUCUUCUCUUCCUGGUGUCUCACGUCCCUCUGUAUCCCGAGCCCCCUCAGUGCCCGUCAGUGCUGGGGCAGAAGCAGCUUUAUCUGUCCUGCUCAGCUUCUUGAAGAUUUUCAGCAUGGAACAUCCUUGUGGUCUUCUCACCCUCUCUAAGCAGCCAGUGCCUCUCAAGAGCAUCUCAGUGGAUGUGUCUAUCAAUCAGUUUGUGGCAGAUGUGUCUGCAACCCUGGACUACAAGAAUGAGGAAACAGGCCCUGUGGAAGCAUUGUUUGUGUUCCCCAUGGAUGAAGACUCUGCUGUUUAUAGCUUCCAGGCUCUGGUGGAUGGGAAGAGUAUAGUGGCAGAAAUACGAGAAAAGCAGCAGGCUCAGGAGGACUAUGAGAAUGCCAUCUCCCAAGGCCAGGAAGCCUUCCUACUAGAGCAGGAUAGCAGCUCUGGGGACAUUUUCAGAUGUAGUAUAGGAAAUCUUCCCCCUGGCCAGAAGGCUGUUGUCACCCUGAGCUAUGUUCAGGAACUGUCCCUUGAAGCAGAUGGGGCUGUUCGAUUUGUGCUGCCAGCCAUCUUGAACCCACGCUAUCUUCUCCAAGAAUCUGCUGAGACUGACAACAUCACCUCUCAAAUUGCCCGGAUUCCUGGCAAGGAGCUGCCCUACACUUUUAGUGUCAGUGCCAAUAUCUGCUCCUCUAAUGGCAUUGAGAAG